AUGACACAUCUCGUAAAUCACUGCUACCACGCAGGCGUAUGUGCAGUGCUUUCAUUGCACUGCACCGCCAUAGCAGACGACAGUUUUUUUUUCUCCUCCUUUAAUGGCAGCCUCGGCCAAAGGUCCACCUUCCAAACUACAGAUAUAUCUCUUCCUUACACCAGAUUCCAAUCCAAACCCAAUUUCAGAGACAACUCCUUCUCUUCACAAAUCUGUCCUGAUACUGCUACAACCGUCGCAAAACCAUCCCUCAAACCUGCCGUUGGAAAUCGAGCUGACGACACUGAAAUCAACAUAUUUGACGCGAAGCAGUAUUUCGAUGAAGACCCAGAUCAGAAACAGAUCAAGACAUCUCAGCCACUCGAUCAUAUUGCGGAAAGAUGCGAUCUUUCUACAGCUCCACACCUGUCCUCUGUUUCUUCUGUAGAUGGGUUUGGGAGAAAUUGCAGAAGUGGAUCUUUCCAUGCAACCCCGACAGCUUCUUCAGAAGCUAGUUGGAAUAGUCAGUCAGGCCUUCUUUCAAAUCCGUCGGGUUCGAUUUCAAUCUCCAUGAAAAAUCUCCCUUUGAAUGGGCAGUGAAGAGGGUCAUCUUCUUCCAGAAAAUUGCUCUUUGGAAGAAAAUGCCCCUGUUCUGGAAAGAAAUCUGUCAAUGUCGAAGAGAAAUUCCCAGAACCCAAACACCCAAUUCAUUUGAAUUCAAAUCCCAACGGCUCUGUAUAUCUUAAGAAGCAGAGUUUCAAAGCAGGGGAAUCUUUUCCAUGGAGAAAGGAGGUAAAGAGAGCGAGAACGGAAUCGGAAUUGAGAAUCAGGUGUAUGAAACUGGUGUUACUUACGUUAUCAUGGUGGGGCCCACAUUGACUUUGGACAGUAAGUACAUCAUCUGAGGGCCGGAUGUCUAUAUACAAUUUCCUUUUCGCGGUGAAUCAGUGCUAAUUCCAUACCUUUUUCAUGCUUGGGAAGCAAUGUAGUUGAUGAACACUCCAUUCCCAAAAACUGAUUUUGGAAACCAUGGUGUCCUGUGAUUACAAGUGCACUCUUAUCCAAACAUUGUGAGUGGUUUGCAAUUUGCAGACGCAUUACCGCUGCAGGACUACUAAUACAUUGAUGGGACAGUUUUACUUCCCUCUACAAUACUAUACGCGAAUCCAAACACG